AUGCUUGUGAUCGACGAGACUGUCGCAGCUGUGAGAUGCGGAGCACCGUUUGCGCAUCAGAGACCCGAGUACAAAGUAGUUGGCAAACCUGACCUUGUCUUCUUCGGGCAGGGACUAUGCGCGAACGGAAUAGCAAUUAACUUCCACGGUCCGUACCUAGAGCGGCUGAAUAUUCGGAGUUUCAAGAAGAAGAGACAGGCGAUCCAUGAUUGGCAAGCCGUGGUCACUCAGGCGUUACAUCUGCCGUCACUCAUCGAGGCACUGGGUGUACUCGAAAUGGCCAUGCCUGGCCAUUGGGUUGACCGGUCCAUUAUCAGUGGGCGGCAUCUGAGGAAGGUCGUCAGGACUCGUGUCGAAUCCUUGGGACUGGACGAAGACGAUGGCGGUCAGCCCCUCCUCGGUGGCCUGGAAAGCUUCAUCUUCGUGCGCAAGGACAUAGCGGCCACUUUUCUAGUCAUGGGGGCGAGUAACGCAGGCCCCUGGGUACGCUGGGUUCGGUGGAUGCCGCGUUUGGACCGCCAGUUGACCAGUAUAUCGGUCCUCGAGUCCAUUAUGUCACCCAUGGGCGGGAAGCUGCGGAGAUGCAUUUCGCAGCGGCUUGAAAAGGAGGGCUUGACGCCCCAGUGGUGUUUCUAUUGCGGCAACAAAGCGGGACACCACAGCUCGCCUCACUGGUGCCGAUCAUGUUGUAUCGACGUUACGUUUGCAACGAGGCCGAGUGCAUUGAGCAGCUCCUAG